GUGACCCCUUGGAGGAUAUCCCAUGCAAGCUGAGAAGACGAAAUUCAGAGACCCUUCGCGCACAAUACAUAGAUACCAAAGAACUCAGGAUCUGCAUAGGAACAUGGAAUGUUGGAGGAAAACUUCCAGCAGAAGACCUAAACAUUGAAGAGUGGCUAGAUAAAGAAAAGCUUGCUGAUAUAUAUGUGUUUGGUUUUCAGGAGAUUGUUCCAUUAAAUGCAGGAAACAUCUUUGGUGCCACAGGCAGCCGCCCAGUUUCAAGAUGGGAAUAUCUUAUUCAUGAGACCCUGAAUAGGAUUCAAACAGUAAAACCAACCUAUAAAUGUUACAGUGAUCCUCCUUCUCCAUCAAGGUUCAAGCCAUCAGGAGAUACUGCUGUCACUGUGGAUGAACUACUUCCUGAUACGGAUAGUGACACUGAUGAUGAUGAACAAUCCAGUUUUCAUAUGGACAGCGAUGAAUGCCCAGCAAGCAUAGCUGAUUGCACUCUAUCUUCCAGUUGCGGUCCUAGUGCAGAUGCAUGCGUACCACAGGAACCUGACCAGAAUAAGCCUACAAUGAAGAGGCUAGACCGAUGUGAUCAUUUUACUUGGGUAGACUAUGAUGUGAAUUCAGAAACGUCAGCAACCCAGCAAAAGAAGCUAAUCAAACAACUUAGCAGCUCCGAGAGGAUCGGCUUGAUCUGGCCAGAACAACCAUUGGAUUUGUUAGCUACACGUGUUCUAGAUAGUUCAAAUUCUUUCAGAUCAGUAAGGUCUUUUAGAACAUACAAUUCUUUCAAGUCAGUACACUACAGGGAUUUGCCAGAGAUUGGUCCGAUUCCUGAAUUUAACUUGGAUACCAUUAGACACAGAAAGAAAAGAUCACCUUUUGUAAGGAUCAUAAGUAAGCAAAUGGUAGGGAUUUUCCUUUCAAUAUGGGUCCGGCGAAGCCUGAGGAAGCACAUCCAGAACUUGAAGGUAUCUACUGUUGGUGUUGGUGUCAUGGGUUACAUGGGCAACAAGGGUUCGAUAUCUGUCAGCAUGUCUAUAUACCAGACUCUGUUUUGCUUUGUUUGUACGCACCUAUCAUCAGGUGAAAAAGGUGGAGAUGAACUUAGAAGGAAUACAGAUGUUCAAGAAAUUCAUCGUAGAACACAAUUUAGUACAGUUGCCACUGUUGGAGUUCCUAAAAACAUCCAUGAUCAUGAAAGAAUUUUCUGGCUUGGAGAUCUAAAUUAUCGCUUUGAUUUAUCAUAUGAAAGAACACAUGAACUUAUCUGCAAAAAAGAUUGGUCUAGGUUGGCCGAAAAGGAUCAGCUAAAGCGAGAGCUGAAGAAAGGAUGUGCUUUUGAUGGGUGGUCUGAAGGUGUUAUAAAUUUUCCCCCUACCUACAAAUACGAGUUCAAUUCGGAGAAAUAUAUUGGAGAAGAUCAGAAAGGUGGGAGGAGAACUCCUGCAUGGUGUGACCGCAUUCUUUCAUUUGGGAAGGGUGUGAAGUUGUUGAGUUACCAAAGAUCCGAGCUGAAACUUUCAGAUCACCGCCCAGUGACAGCCAUUUUCACGGCUGAGGUUGAGGUAUUCUCUCAUAGAAAACUUCAAAAGGCUCUCACGCUGACAGAUGCAGAGAUGGAGGAUGGGGAAAUUCUAUCAGAUAUAGAUUUCGGCGGAGGAAUGGGCCGUGUAAGCUAGGCUUGAGGAGGAUGACGGCAGGCUGAUGUCCUCGAAGCUUCCUUCCGGAUGAUCAUGACAAUUUAACUGCUUAUGCUGGCAUAUGGAAAGUAACAUUGUUUCUUCAUAAAUAAAUUGCUCCAAUAUUUGAUGCUCCAUUUCUAUAAACUGAUGUAAUUUUUGCUAAUGCAGUCAUGGGGAUUUAGGAAGGAGACUGCUAAGUAGUAGGUAGGUGGUUGGAUGGCAUUUUCUCAGUGUAAACAAGAGUGCUCCUCACGGUUUAUAGAUAUCAUGUAUAUUGUUGUAAUGUUCAGCAACCACAAAUCUAUUUUUCCUGUAAAUAUGUUGCUUCACUUCCAUCAGGCUA